AUGCUAAGACUCGCAAUGCUUACUGACGAUGCCGACUACGAUGCCGGAGAAGCGUCUGCGAAUGUACCACUUCCACGCUCCGACUCUGGAAAUUAUCCGGACGAGGUACGUUCCUCUCAGCUACAGUCUCGACCUCGCCUAGGUCUAAUUGGCACCUCAGAGGGAAUCGAACCUGAGUACUGUAGCGCACCACUUCAACAUGCCAAUUCAGCUGUUGGCCAUCUUUACUCUGCUAUAGUUCUUCUCCUUUGGACUUCUGUGACAGGAACUCUUUCGAAUAAAUCAUUCGGAGGCAAAUGUUUAUGCUCAUUACUCGGUACUAAUGAGCCUAUUGUUUCUGUUCCUAUUAUCCACAAUCACUUCUCGGGACUGGCAACUUUCUUGCAGGAAUUAAAUACUCCUCAGUCUGACCACUUCUGUCUCGAUGGAGCAGAGGAGCAGCAUCAAUUAUUCGAGAUGGGAGAACAGUUAACGGAGGCGGUAAAACAAAACUCUAAGGCAAUUUUCCUUUGGAUUCCGGUGAGCAAGAUCAGCUUGGUUGAUCUGGCCGGAAGCGAGCGAGCCGACGCUACUGGAGCGAAAGGCACGCGGCUGAAAGAGGGUGCUAACAUUAACAAGUCGCUGACAACCCUGGGAAAAGUGAUCUCGAGUCUAGCAGAGCUUGUGAGCAUCUUUUAA